AUGGAAGUCAUUUCAACCCCGAAGUUUAUUCUACUUACUUUGGGUACAGUGGUGUUUCUAACACCACAUGCUAUGUGCCUAGAUGAGCUAAUGAAAUCCAGCCUGGAGAGCAGAGAAGACGCUGAUGAUAAAUAUUAUGAGAUUAAAGACAGUAUCUUGGAGGAAAAGCAGAGGAGUCUGAAUUUUGAAGAAAUGAAAGACUGGGGAUCAAAAAAUUUCAUUAAAGUAAACACACCUACAGUAAACAAAGUGCCAAAUUCAGUUGCUAAUUUACCUCUCAGGUUUGGAAGAAGCAAUCCAGAAGAAAGAAGCAUUAGGCCGAGUGCUUAUUUGCCUCUGAGAUUUGGAAGAGCUUUUGGAGAGAGCCUAUCUAGGCGUGCUCCAAAUUCAUCAUACAGGCUUGGGAGAUCUCCACUUGCUAGAAGUUCUAUUCAUUCCCUUCUAAAUCUGCCACAGAGAUUUGGGAAGUCAGUGCCCAUUGGUCUUUCUCAAGGCGUCCAGGACUCUGAACCAGGUAACACUUAG